AUGGGGUGGGUGCGCCCCUGUAAGGCGCUCGGCCACUCCGAAACGGUCGAGAGCCUGCCGGCGGGACCGCCCGUCUCUCGUUCCUUUCACCGGUCAGUGAAGAAGCGACGGGAAUCGGACACAGCCGCGUCUCUCGACCUCUCCAAACUCUUCCGUGUCGCCGCGUCCAAGUCUUGCGGCAGCUGCAGCCGCCACUCGUCCGGGCAGAGUGACGGCGCGCAGACCAAGAUAAGCUGGACAUCACAAAAUGAGAAUCCACAGUCAACACCCCUGUCCGCGAGGAAACGCGCUCCGUUCCCCUCCUUCGUCCUUCUUUGUUCUUUCCUCGCUCUCUUCUGCGCUCUCCGCUCAGACGACUGCAUCGCUCUGCAGCAUUUCUCGGCCCAAGCACUCCAAGUGAAACGCGAUCCACCGGAACUUUCCCGGGCGGCGCUGCCGGUCUCGUCGAGAUGGCAGCCAGUGAAGGCAAGCGGCGAAGACUCCAGCGUUCCGCAUGAUGCUCCAUGGGAAAAUCUUUCGAAAGUCUACUUCUCCAGUCUUCGCAAGGGAGAAGAUAGAAGCCAGGCGCGAACUGUCGCUGCGCACAGACACUCCAGCGACAACCGGGCGGUGCGUGACAUUCGAGGAGGGGAGGAGUCUCUCCGGAGCAGUGACGAGCUCAGCGAUAAACGCACACUUUCUGUUCAUCACCGCUCUCUUCGCUCUCUCUUUCCUCUCGCCUCUUUCUCUUUCCCGGCUUCUGCGCUUCGUCCUUCCAAAGCGUCUGUGUUUUCUUUGGGCACAGACGGCGUCCCUGCAUCUUUCUCCGAAGUGCAAAGCGAACAGGCAGAAGGUGAGGAAAAAGAGAAUACCCAGAGCUCUUCGGCCGCUCCCAACGAUUCCGCUGAGGAGGGGACCCAGACUGAAGACGCCAGCAACGAACACGCUUCAAUCCAGCAUGGAGAACCUACAGUGGAACACCAACCUGAGUCUGCCGUUUCCCCGCCUGCUAGCCCUUCCCCAGCUGAGGGGACUGGUGAUGGGCCUCCCGCUGAACCCACGUUUGAGAUUCUCUCGCCUGUUGGUGGAACACCUGGUCCAGCUUCGGGGGAAGAACAGAAAGAAGAACAACCGCACACUGGACCGCGCGACGGAGAACAAGGACAGGAAACAGCAGCAGGUGAAGUUUUGUCCGAGUCCCUGCCGCCUGUGUCCACGACCACGACCACGACGGGCACGCCCAGCGCCUUCAACGUCAAAGAGGCCCUUCUGGCGCCGGUGCCUACGGGCGCGGUCGCGGCGCCGCUAGUUGGGCCCGUAGGGAACCAGCAACCAGAGACACCGGGGGAGAGCGGGGAGGGCGGUGCGGCUGCGGCAGGUCAGGAGGGAGCGGGGGAAGCACAGGGAACGAGUCAGGCCCAAGGCGGGAAGGCAGAAGCUGCUCCAGAACAGGAACAGAAAGAGGCGACGGAAGGGGAGAAGAGUGGAGAAAAGAAAGAAGAAGCUGCGGCAGGGCGACAAGGAGAAAACGGCCCGGACGCGACAGCUGAGACGCCCUCGAAAGCAGAUCUGGAUAAAGCUGCCGCCGAAUUCGUCAAGAAAGAAGGCGGAGUGGGGUCUCUCGAGAAGAAGCUUUCAGAGCACGGGCCGAAACUCACAGAGGAGCAAACGAAGACUUUCGUCGACACCCAAGAAGUCGCGCAGAACGUGCGGAAACUGAUCGGCCUGAAGGCCGGGUCGAAUUUGCACCUUGAGAACCAGAAACUGAUCAAAGCGGAGUGCGACUUGGCGACUUUUGGACCGGAGUACUGCGCGGCCCGAGACAACCCGAACGCCUUGAGUCUCUUGUGGUCCUUGGAGCACCGCAAGAACACCAUCUACUUUAUCAUUGCGCUGAUUACGCUCGCGUUUGGAAUCGCCGUGCAAACGUGCAUUCGCUUGCUCGAGAGGAAGAUCAGCGAAGGGAAAGACGAGUUCUCAAAGGAAGUCAUGGAGACCGCCUUCCGACAAAUUGCCACAAUCAGCAUCGUCAACGUCAUUCUCUGGGGGACGAUGCAAUCCAACAUCGCAGAAGUCCUCGAUGAACUCGUGUUCGGAGAUGUCAUGCCGCCCCUUCGCGAUAGUGACACAGUGCUGGAAAAUGUGUCUCCGAUGCUGGAGGUUCUGUUUGAAGAGCUUUUCUUCGUUUCCGUCAUUCUCCUCGUUUGGUAUGUUGUCUUUGUCAUCCUCUUCCAGUGCAUGAUUCGACAAAUCAUCGAGUGGAUGAGGAAGAUCGACGAAGAAGAAGACAUUCCUUUGAUUGCUCGCGAGGCCGAAUCCCAAAACCACCGAUACGAAUUUGCUGACAACGUCCAAGCGAUGAGCAUCCCGGGCGUUGACCCGUCGGGGUACUACUUCAUGGAGUACUUGCGUGCGAGUCUCCUCAAGAUGGCCAUUGAGAUGAUUCGUCUGCCAAACUCGACGCUCUUCUUCCUCAUGAUUAUCGACAUCUGUCUCAGACCAACCUUCAGCUUCCGACUCGGCCAAGAAGCGGGGCUCAUCAGCGGGCUGUCCGCGACCUGUCUCCUGGGCAUGUUGCUCGUCUGGGCAUACACCUCUCGCAUUGAAAAGCAGUUGUUGCCGCGCCACGUACCCCACUACCUCGUUAUGCGCUACCACAUGGAAGUCGGAGGCGACACGGGUUCCGAGUACCUCAAGGAAUUCGCGCCGCCCUACAAGCUCCAGAAGCAAAAGAACGCCUGGCCAGGCGUGUGUUCGACGUUCUUGUGGGGGACGACGCUGCCGAACAAACAUCAGCAACUCUUCUGUUUCUGGGCGAAUGGACCAAACAUCGUUUUGCGAGCUGUGGAGGCGUCGUUCUUCUGCCAGCUUCUCGUUCUCGCGUGGUGGGUCCAGCUUUUCCGCAGCCACCCUGCGACGUGGCUUACCUUCUGCUGGUGGGGAAACGUAGUCGUCGUUGCGUGCGCGGCGAUCCAGUUUGCUCUCCUGAAGAGCGUCGUGUACACCGUGCUCCUCGCCCUCAACUCAGGGAUGCUCGUUGAUCCGGAACUCCUCGAAAAGGUGUGGGAUCUCCAGCGUGCGGAGAAUGUGAGGCGCACAGCAGAGCUGAUUGACGCGCUCCGCGUCCAGUCGACGCUUUUCGCCAUCAGCGAAGGCGGAGACAUGUUCUGGCGUCAGCUUCUCAUCAGGUCCAAGGGCGCUUCCAGGCAGGCUCAGGAGCAACGACUGACUCUCUGGGCCGCGCUCGACGAAGAGCACCAGGGAGAGAUCAACCGCGCAAAAAUCUUCAAAUUCCUCACUUCUCAAGGGCUCCCAAUCAAAUCGGAAGCCGGCGUUAAUGACUUUUUGCAUGUCUUUGAUCGGAAUCACAAGGGCGGCGUGAAUGAAGAUGAGUUCUUUGUCAUGGUCAUGGUUGUGAAGCAAAUGCUCAUGGAGCCUCUUGACCGAGAUGCAGUCCGAGAACUGUUUGAAGGGCGGUACGGCAUCCCGUGGACGUCUCCUGUCGGAAUUGAUCUGGCCAACUUAAGUAAAAUUCUCGCGGAGCUGCGUCUGACUUUGUCGGAAGGGAAGAAGCGGUAUUUGCUCGAUUUCAUUGGCGGGAAGAGAGGAACGACCGCCGUGUCGCCCGACCAUUUCGUCUCUCAGCUCCAGGCAAUGGAAGAACAAGCUUUAAAUCCAAUUCAGAACGAGGGGGGGCGAGGUCCGGCAGUCUCUGGCGCCGAACGAGUGUAG